AUGUCAGUACUAACGGGAACUAUUCUGGAUGAUAUUCAUAAAGUUUAUCCACAAUAUGAAUUACAUAUAAUUGCUUCUGCCCUUGCUCUUAUCGUUGGAUGUAUUGUUUGUGCAUUUGGAAUGUUUCGUAUUGGUUUUGUUGUUGAUUUUAUUCCAUUACCAGCAUUAUGUGCAUUUAUGAGUGGAUCAGCAAUAAAUAUAGCUAUGGGACAAAUUCCAACAUUAAUGGGUAAUAAUAAAUCUUUCAAUACACGUCAAUCAACUUAUCUUGUCUUUAUUAAUUUUUGGAAGAAUAUUACAUAUUGUAAUUUAAAUGCUGCUCUUGGUUUAACAGCAUUAGUUCUUCUUUAUCUUAUUCGUUUUAUUUGCACUCGAGGAAUUCGACGUUAUCCAGAUCGUGGAAAAAUAUUUUUCUUUAUCAGUACACUUCGUACAGUAUUUGUUAUCCUUGUUUAUUUAUUGAUUUCAUGGUUAAUUAAUCGACAAGAUCCAUCUCAUCCACGUACAGCUCUUCUUGGUAACGUUCCAAGAGGUUUUCAAAAUAUGGCUGUACCAUAUAUUGAUCGAGAGAUCUUUUUAGCAUUAGUACCAUAUCUCCCAUCCACUGUCAUUGUUCUUCUUAUUGAACAUAUUGCUAUUGCAAAAUCAUUUGGUCGAAUUAAUAAUUAUGUUAUUGAUCCUAAUCAGGAACUUAUUGCGAUUGGUAUAACAAAUAUUUCUGGUCCAUUUUUUGGUGCUUAUCCAGCAACUGGUUCGUUUUCUCGAACAGCAAUUAAAUCUAAAUCAGGUGUUCGUACGCCAUUAGCUGGUCUUGUCACUGGUAUCGUUAUAAUUCUAGCCAUUUAUGUUUUAACACCAAUGUUCUUUUGGAUUUCACAAGCUAGUUUAGCUGCAGUUAUUAUUCAUGCUGUUGGUGAUAUAAUCGUUGGACCACGUACAUUAAAGCAAUUUUGGCAAGUUAGUCCGAUUGAAUUUGUUAUUUUUUGGAUCGGUGUUAUUGUAACAAUAUUUUCAAAUAUUGAAAAUGGUAUUUAUGCUAGUAUUUUAACAUCAGCUGUUCUUUUACUCUAUCGUAUUGCUAAAGCACAAGGACAAUUUCUUGGUCGGAUACGAAUUUAUCAAAUAAAAUUAACAUCUGAUAAUAACGUUCGUUCAACUAGACGAAAUAUUUAUAUUCCACUUAAUCAUUGCGAUGGAACAAAUCCAAUGAUUAAUCCAGUUUCACCUGGAAAUGGAAUAUUUAUUUAUCGUAUAUAUGAAAGUUUUCUAUAUCCUAAUGCUGCUAAUUAUAUGGAAAAAAUGGUUGAGCAGAUCUUUCGUGAAACUAGAGGUGGAAAAACUAUUCCUUAUAGUAAUCUUGGUGAACAACCUUGGAAUUUACAAACAGGUCGUCAUCCAGAAAAAGAGCAUCAUCCGGAUGACAAUCGUCCUCGCUUACAUGCGAUUAUUCUAGAUUUUACUGGUGUUCCACAUAUAGAUAUAACUGCUUUACAAAAUCUUGUUGAUAUUCAUCGACAGUUAGAUAAUUAUGCUGAUUGGAAAGUCAGUUGGCAUUUUGUUGGUUUAUCAAAUUCAUGGAUUAAACGUGCACUUAUUUCACACGGUUUUGGAUCUUCAGAUCAUGCUCGUACAGUUUUUUCAGUAACAAAUGUUCAUAGUAAUCUUAACCAUGAAGAUGAUGAUGAUGAUAACGAAAGAAAUAAUGCACAACUACAAGACUAUUCAUCUACUGACCUUUCAUCAAGUACGAAUACGGUGCUAGUACCAAUACUUGAUAUUGAUCGACCAUUGUUUCAUGCUGAUCUCGACGAAGCUUAUAAUGCAGCUGUUGCUAGCCUAUCUGGACGUCAAAAAACAGAUAAUUCAGUUACAACGGUGCCUUAA